GGGGCCGGGGCGGGCGGGUGCAGCGGGGCGAUGGCGGCGGCGGCGUAGAGCGGAGCCGGGCGGAGCAGCAGGACCACCAUGAUCAUAGAGAACGUGGACGCUCUCAAGUCGUGGCUGGCCAAGUUGCUGGAGCCGAUAUGCGACGCAGACCCCUCAGCCUUAGCCAACUAUGUCGUGGCGUUAGUCAAGAAAGACAAGCCAGAGAAGGAGCUGAAAGCUUUCUGUGCCGACCAGCUGGAUGUCUUUCUGCAAAAAGAAACUUCAGGUUUUGUAGAUAAACUUUUCGAAAGUCUGUACACAAAAAGUUAUCUUCCUUCUCUUGAACCCCCGAAAGUAGAAGCGAAGCCUGCAGGUCAGGAAAAAGAAGAAGUCAAGGAGGAGCUGCCCCUGAAACAGAAUUUUCAAGAGUCAGUUGAAGAAGAGCGGGAGAGCAGGAAGAAGAAGUAUUCCAGCCCACAGAGAAGCCGUGGAGAUUCCAGCGAACAAAGAACCCGAGAGAAGAAGAGAGAUGAUGGGAAGUGGAGGGACUAUGACAGGUACUACGACAGGAGCGACUUGUACAGGGAGAAAUCCAGCUGGCGGCGUGGCAGGAGUAAGAGCCGCAGUAAGAGCAGGGGGCUGAGCCGCAGCCGCAGCCGCAGCCGGGGCAGGAGCAAAGACCGGGAGGCAGCCAGGAGCGCGGAGCACCGAGAGAGAUCAAAAUUCAAGAGUGAAAGAAAUGAUGUUGAAGGCUCGUAUAACCCGGUUUCUGCGUCUCCCAAUAAAUCUACCGAACAGUAUUCCUCUGCCCAGUCUAUUCCCAGUGCUGUCACUGUAAUUGCACCUGCACACCAUCUGGAGAACACAACAGAGAGCUGGUCAAAUUUCUACAACAAUCACAGCAAUCCCGGUUCGUUUGGCAGAAACCCUCCUCCAAAACGAAGGUGUCGGGAUUACGAUGAGCGAGGAUUCUGUGUGCUUGGUGAUCUUUGCCAGUUCGAUCAUGGAAAUGAUCCCUUAGUAGUAGACGAAGUCUCCUUGCCAAGUAUGAUUCCUUUUCCUCCGCCGCCGCCGGGCAUCCCCCCCCCUCCCGGCAUGCUGCUGCCCCCUCUGCCGGCCCCGGCCCGCAACCUGAGGCUGCCGGUCCCACAGGCUCAUCCGCAGGCACCCCCUCCCGUUGUGCUGCCCAUCCCAACUUUGUCCUUUCUGGAAAAGAGAAGAGGUGCUGGAAUGAGAGUACCUUACCUGAGCAGGACUUCUCUACUAGGACCACCGUUAACGCAGUCAAGUUUGAUAAAUAAUCGUGACCAGCCUGGGACAAGUGCAGUGCCCAGUCUUGCACCCGUAGGAGCAAGGCUACCUCCUCCCUUACCCCAGAACCUGCUCUACACAGUAUCCGAACAUACAUAUGAGCCAGAUGGCUAUAACCCCGAAGCUCCUAGUAUUACCAGUGCUGGUAGAUCUCAGUAUCGACAGUUCUUUACAAGAGCACAAACGCAGCGUCCAAAUCUAAUUGGCCUAACAUCUGGGGAGAUGGAUACAAAUCCAAGAGCUGCCAAUAUCAUCAUCCAGACCGAGCCUCCCAUUCCCAUUACAAAUAACAGCAACGUGACCAGAGUUGUCCUGGAACCAGACAGUAGGAAAAGGUCUCCCAGUAGCAUGGAAUGCCCACCGUUAAAGAAACCCUGGCUGGGAAAGCAAGCAAAUAACAACCAGACUAAGCCAGGAUUUUUGAAGAAGAAUCAGUAUACUAAUACAAAAUUAGAAGUUCGAAAAAUUCCUUCAGAAUUGAACAAUAUUACUCAACUCAACGAACAUUUCAGCAAAUUUGGAACUAUUGUAAACAUUCAGGUUGCUUUCCAGAACGAUCCCGAAGCUGCUCUAAUCCAGUACUUGACUAACGACGAGGCGAGGAAGGCCAUCUCCAGCACGGAGGCAGUUCUGAACAACCGGUUCAUCCGGGUGCUGUGGCACCGGGAGGGCGAGCAGCAGCCCCCGCCGCAGCCGCCGCAGCCCGCCCCGCAGACCCUGCACCACCAGCUGCACCUCCAGCAGCAGGCCCUGGCCACCUCCCCUGCCGUCACCAUGCACAGCAGCCUCUCAAAGGUGAUGAAUAAACCACCAGCCUCUGGUGCCUAUGUCCUUAACAAAGUCCCAGUGAAACGCCGCCUUGGAGCAGCGGGUGGAAACCAGCCUGAUCUGAGCCAGUCUGGAGCUGCGGUCGAGGAUUCCCAGACAUUUUCUACACCUACAAGCCACUCAAAAAUGGUUUACAGUUCUUCAAACCUAAAGACAUCGAUGAAGCCUGGUGCAGGGUCUAAACCGCAUGAUGUGCAAGAAGCCCUUAAAAAAAAACAGGAGGCGAUGAAACUGCAACAAGACAUGAGGAAAAAGAAGCAGGAGAUGUUAGAAAAACAAAUAGAAUGUCAGAAGAUGUUGAUAUCCAAGCUGGAGAAAAAUAAGACCAUGAAACCAGAAGAAAGAGCAGAAAUAAUGAAGACCUUAAAAGAACUAGCAGGAAAAAUAUCUCAGUUAAAGGAUGAAUUGAAAACUUCAUCUGCAAGCUCUACACCAUCAAAGUUAAAGUCCAAGACAGAGGCACAAAAGGAACUCUUGGAUGCAGAACUGGACUUCCACAAGAGACUCUCUUCUGGAGAAGACACAACUGAAUUGCGAAAAAAGCUAAAUCAGUUACAAGUAGAGGCUGCCCGGUUAGGAAUCCUGCCCGCUGGGCGCGGGAAGACGUCGCCAGCCCAGGGAAGAGGCCGAGGCCGGGGCCGUGGGGGCAGAGGAAGGGGCAUGUUGAAUCACAUGGUGGUGGAUCAUCGUCCCAAAGCACUGACAGUGGGAGGCUUCGUGGAAGAGGAGAAAGAUGAAUUGUUACAGCACUUCUCUAAAUUUGGAGAUAUUGAAGACCUUCAAGAAGAGGAUUCCCCAUUAAGUGUUGUUCUAACUUUUAAAUCUCGCUCAGAAGCUGAGAAUGCUGCUAACCAGGGGUCCCGCUUCAAAGACCGAAGGCUACAGAUCUCGUGGUACAAACCGAAGGUACCCUCUGUGUCCACAGAAAUCGAGGAAGAGGAGUCGAAGGAAGAGGAGACUGAAACCUCAGAUUUAUUUUUGCACGAAGAUGAUGAUGAUGAUGACGAAGAUGAGGAUGAAUCCCGUUCCUGGAGAAGAUGAAACUUGAUGUUGGAAAUGUAUAAUUUUAGGAAAAUAGUUCAAGCUACAUCUUUUAAACAUUUAUUUAAGGAAGUUGAUGAGCCAAAAAAGCUUUACUUUCUUUUCAAACCACAAGAUUUCGAGUGAGCAGAGUUUGUUACCAGAACAUUUCGGAUGCAGAGCUGUGAGGCUGAAGGAGCCAAAGGCCCAGUAACAUUUUCCAGAAUUGUCAGCUCAGCAGGGUGGUGAAUUUUUCUAUUUAAGAAGGAUAAAAAAAAGAGAGAGGGGGGAAAAAUAUUAGUAUUUUCUUGUCCUCUUUUUGUGUCACCUGUAUUACCUUGUUUUGGGUUUUUUAUAAUGUGAUUGUUUUGUUAGUUUAUAAUUGAAAAGAUAUUACAGGUUUUAUUUAGCAAUAUUAUGGGGUUGGGGAAAGAUGCAAACUUUCAUUAAAUGUUAUGAAAGAAAAAAUUGCCUCAUUUGCUAAUUGAAAAAAGGGUAGCAUUUUAUUUCAUAUGGAAUCACUUCCUGUAGGAAUUCUUUGUGGCCAGAUCCAGGAGUGAUUUAUUUCAGUAUGUUCGAAAGCCACACAGUUUCUCUGUUCUGCUCCUUUUUGUGAGAGGAGGUGGAGGAAGCAAUUUAACAGGGUAUUAUUAUAGUAUUGUCCGUUCACUCUGUUUCUUCAGAUUCUGCUUCACAGAAACAUCAGCAAUGGCGCAUUUUUGAGUGAGUCUUCACUCGCUGUUGAUUUUCAUCUGUAGUUUCAGGCCAAGGUUCAAGUCAGACUGUUGUUUACUGCAUUUCAGUAUUUGUGGGCAGGAGUGUGAUGAGUUGUGUACGGCCCCAAGGAGGGCACCUGGCCGGGUUACCCCCUGCUGGGGGGACUCCCCUCCUCUCCCGGUCCCGGCUGGGUGUUUCUGGGCAAACCACGUUGGUGAAGGGCCUGAGGGACUGGGGUGUGCUGCUCCGGGGACAGCAGUGCUUUGGGGGGCAGUGCUGGAGGGGCGUUCAGAGCGGGCCGGGGGGGCUAUGAAUUCAGCUGCAAGUAGAGUUUGGCUCAGACCCAUUUAAGAUUAACACUUUACAUUCUCAGUCACCUGAUGGCUGUACUGUUUUAAAACACCCCUCCAUAGUGACACCCCAAAGCGGUGUGUACUCCGAGAGCGGGUCCCUGAGCCAAGGCUGUACCUGUCCCUGGCUCCUGCUGGCACCCACUGAGCGUCGGCCCGCGCUGUCCGUGUGCCCAGCACCUCUGGUACAGUGUUUGUACCUGCUGGACAAAACACACAAAGUCGGUGCAAAAAUCCCCUCCUCUUUUGAAUAAUUAGCACAUUGGUGUAUUUGCCAGCAAGUUCCCAACUGAAGGAAAUACCCUCCAGACCCUUUGGCUGGGGAUGGUCUGAGCCCGGGGGUGACCCGCAGCCCAGCCUGUCUCGGGGUUCCUGUCCCCUGCCCUGGGUGGCCCUUGGCCGGGGACACUCUGACUCAAACCAGUCUCGUUUGCUGUUCCCUUCUCAGAGUUCUCUCUCCUCGCACUGAAACCUCACCCCUUUAUCUGUAAUUGGACUUUCUUGCUAAUACUGAGGCUAAAUUGCAGGCGUGAAGAAACGAGGGGAACUAAUCCUCUGUACUUCAAAGAAUGUCUUGCUUUUCUCCCGUCACCUCUAAUGGAUUUUUUUAAUGUCUAUGGCUCAGUCAGUGUAUAUUUUGAAAAAUCCAUUGCGACAAACAUAUAAAGUCGUGACAGUUUAAAAAAAGAUAGAGGGAACAAAAGGAUUUAUAUAUUUUUUUGUACAGAGUUUUUUCUUAAACUGUAUAAUUUUGUAAAUAUUUUGCUUUUUUUGUGUACUAAAACUACCAGCGUAUAGAUUUCAAUAAGAACUGUUGUAUUUUUGUAUUUGGAAAAUGAAAAUUACAGUGAGUGAAGCUGUAAGAAAAAUUGCAGUAGCCUUUGACACGCGUAGAAUGGGAUUCCUUUUCAUAUGGUUUUAGCUGAAGGUGACAGCGGGCUGGGACCCCGUCUGCGGGGACACGCGCCCCGACACGCUGCGGCUGAACCGCUGGGGCGACAGAGGAGGGAGCUGGGUAGGGGGGAAUUCAAGGAUUUUUAUUUUUUUUUUCUUUUUUUUUUGACAGUUUGCUUUGAUUUGGGAUUCUAUCCCCUUAGAGCUGCCAUAACCCCCAGGUGACAUCCAAAGGGAUUUGGGAGCGCUGUGCCCUUGCCCAGCCUCUGCCUCCAGGGCUCCCCACCGCCUUACGGGGGGUUGAGCGAUGGGCCGGGGAGCGGUACCGGCUGGUUGAGGGGGAGGAAAACGGUUUGGAAGUGCCCUUUAUUGGCCAAAGCUUCUGUUGCCCUGGAUUUAGGGCAUAUUCGGCUGCAUUAGACUGUUUGGGGGAGUUUGGUUUGGUUUUGUUGGUUGGUGUUAAAAGGUAAUAUAACAGUGCAGCUUGCUUUUGGUUUAUGGCAACACUUUGUUGUGAAAUUCAGGGGUAUUUUCAGACCAUACCUUAGGCAGGAUUUAUAACCAGCAGGGAACAGGGCAGAGCCAGGGGUGUUUAUCUGGGGGUGUAACUAGAGGUACCAGCCUGAGCCUGGGGCAGAGACACGGAGGGGUGUGCGAUAACAAAGUCCCUGAUAGGAAGAAUGACCUCCCCUUCCCUUCCUGAAUUAACCUACACAGAAAGAACAAAACAAACUCCAGAGCUGAAAAGAGAAAUCUGGGAAGAGUUGCCUGCUUAUUGGGGAAACAACACUUUUUACUUUUAACAAGAUCAUGUGAAAAGGAAUAAAGUUGCUCUUGGUGUAUAGUAAACUUGUACUAUAGUUUUUACAAAUUGUGAACUUGUGUAAUAGUAUAAUAGGAGAUAUUGUUGAAUUUCUAACUGUUUAUACAUUUAAAUUCAUAUAUGUAAUGUUUGUUUUAUUGAUUACAAUCUGAAUUUCUAAGAUGCAUGUUGACUUUUUUGCAAUAAAGAUAUACUAUGGAAUGGUUCAAGAUUUAGAAAAGACGAAGAAAAUUCUAACUUAAAUAAAUUGGACAGCAGAACCAUUCCAAAAAAAUUACAAUGAUCACAAAAA